AUGUCACUCAAUCGGACCCUAUCUUUGGCCUUUGUCAUAGCAGCCUGCCUGUUUCUCUAUGCCCUUUCCAACCAGUGGGUUAGCGCAACGGCAGAGGCCAUCCAGGGGAAUCUCGUCCCUCAUCUACGUCCAAACUUUGAGCAGAUUGCCCGAAAAUACGGCACCGAUAAAGUCACCACGCACAAAUACCAGUUCAUGUACGACAAGUACCUAUCCAGCAUUCGAGAUGAAGAGUUAAAAGUCUUGGAGAUCGGACUCGGCUGCAACAUGGACUACGGCCCAGGGGCGUCCUACUACACUUGGCUUGAAUACCUGCCAUUCGUCGAUCUCUACUUCAUCGAGUAUGAUAGGCAGUGUGCCGAAAAGUACCAAGACAAAACCGCCAACGCACAUGUGUUCAUCGGCGAUCAAGCAGACACCGUCUUUCUUGCAAGGUUCUCCGCAGAAACAACGGCAGAUGGCUUAUUCGACGUCAUUAUCGACGAUGGUGGUCAUACGAUGAAUCAGCAAAUCGCAUCUCUCGAGGUCCUCUGGAAAACCGUUAAACCCGGAGGUCUAUACGUGAUUGAGGAUCUGCAGACCAGUUACUGGGAAUCGUUUGGGGGAGACCCUGCUGGGAAGGGAUCGUCGAAAGAGACUACGAUAUCUUAUUUAUACCAGCUCAUCGACGACUUGAUGAUUGGGAAGAGCGCAAAACAGAUUAGCCACGACGUACUCUCCAUCGAUUGUAUGGCGGAGAUUUGUGUGCUACGAAAGAAGGAACAUUUGUAA